AAUUAGUUCGGACAGAGAUUGCUUGGUCGAUGCAAGUAGUUCUUCGUAUUUGGUCUACUGAGAAACUUGGAAGGGCCAGUGGAUUCAGAUUUUACUCCAUGAUUUAUACUACCAAUGUAGCUCUCGAAAGCAAAAUUCAAUAAUUCCUCCUGCCCAAGAUAUUCUCGCAGUUGUCCAUGGCUCUGAGUUUGAGUCCCACUUCUUCAUCAUCUUCUUCUUCCACUUCUUGCCCGUCAGUGAAUCAUGAGAACCCAACAAGAAUUUAUCGGGUUUCUCCGACUUGCCCAGGAAGUGGUUUCUGCAGCAGGAACUUGCGGGUCAGAGCAUCUAACGUGGGGAAACUGACUGCCAUUUCUCUGCAGGCUGAAGGUGCAACUACUCAUUCCUCGGCGGCUGAAAAUGUUAAGACUCGAGAGAAAGAAGCUUCGAUUCCCUUCACAAGACCGAGCAAAGCAGAUUCAACCCUCACCAUCGUUGUGGUUGGAGCUUCAGGGGACCUUGCAAGGAACAAGAUCUUCCCUGCCUUCUUUGCAUUAUUCUAUGAUGACCAAUUGCCCGAGGACUUCACGAUCUUUGGCUAUGGAAGAAGUCCGAUGACAGAUGAAGAGCUAAGGAUAACUAUCAGCAAAACCUUGAACUGCAGAGUUGACAAGAGGGAGAACUGUCAUGACAAGAUCAGUCAGUUCUUGAAGAGAUGCUUUUACCACUCGGGACAGUAUAGCUCUGAGGAGCAUUUCCUGGAACUUGACAACAGAAUCAGAGAGAAAGAGUCUGCUCAGGGUGGGAAAAUUUCAAAUAGGCUGUACUAUUUAGCAGUACCUCCGACCCAGUUUGUUGAUGUGGUGAGAUGUGCAAAUCGCCGUGCUUCUUCAGAUAAUGGUUGGACUAGGGUCAUUGUUGAAAAACCAUUUGGUCGUGACUCAGAGUCAUCAAAGAAACUUACCCGAGACUUAAAGCAGUAUCUGAAUGAGGAUCAGAUAUUCAGAAUCGACCACCACCUGGGGGAGGAGCUCUUUGAGAAUCUGUUGGUCCUUCGUUUUUCGAAUCUGGUCUUUGAGCCUCUGUGGUCCAGAGACUACAUAAGAAACGUUCAGAUUAUAUUUUCCAAAGAUUUCGGGGUUGAGGGUCGAGGCAGAUACUUUGACAAUUACGGGAUCAUAAGAGAUGUGAUGCAAAAUCAUCUCCUGCAAUUACUCGCAUUAUUUGCAAUGGAGACGCCCGUCACCUUGGAUGCUGAAGACAUAAGGAAUGAAAAGGUCAAGGUUUUACGCUCGAUUAAACCGGUUUCCAUCGAAGAUGUAGUUGUCGGGCAAUACAAGGGCUACACUGAGGGCAACAUGUCAGUUCCUGGAUAUACAGAUGACCCGACUGUCUCAAACAAUAGCCUCACUCCUACUUUUGCAGCAGCAAUCCUUUCGAUUAAUAAUUCACGUUGGGAUGGAGUUCCCUUCAUGAUGGUUGCAGGAAAGGCUCUCCAUUCAAAGCGAGUUGAGAUCAGAGUUCAGUUCAGGCAUGUUCCAGGGAAUCUGUUUAACCGAAACUUCGGGAACAAUUUAAAUAAUGCUACGAAUGAGCUGGUGAUACAGGUUCAGCCUGAUGAAGCCGUCUACCUUAAGAUCAACAACAAGGUCCCGGGGCUCGGAAUGAGAUUGGACCGCAGUGAUCUUAACUUGCUCUUCAAAAAAAGAUAUCCGAGAGAAGCACCUGAGGCAUACGAGAGGCUUCUAUUAGAUGCCAUGAGAGGAGAACGGAGACUGUUCAUCAGGAGCGACGAGCUCGAUGCUGCUUGGGCUGUAUUCACGCCAUUGCUGAAAGAACUAGAGCAGAAGAAGACUGCACCGGAACUUUAUCCUUAUGCAAGUGAAGGACCAGUGGGCGUGCACUAUCUCGGUGCAAAGCACCAUAUCCGUUGCGUAAAUUUCAGGUUUUAAAAGUCACUCAUCAGCAUGAGGUCGAGAUCAAAUGAUUGGAAAAAGUUGUGGUUUCAAGCUACUUGUUCCUUAGCAUGUGAGGAAUGUUGUCGUCAUUUACCAAUCUUUAUAUGAGCUCUUUUUUUCAAUAGCUGUAAAGUUCAUGAAACGAUUGUAUUUAGUGUAUAUGGUCGAUUGAUCGAAUUUAUAAUGAGAUAGACUCCCGUGAAUCUGAAGCAGGACCAACUCGAUCUGUCGGUCCCCAAAUGAUUAUAAUUGUACAAGGAACGUUCAGAUUA